AUGAGGAGAGAGGACGAACACAAGGACGAGAUAAAACAGAGCGCGAGCGAGGAAGAAGAGAAGCGACCAAAGCAAGGACAAGGUGAAGGAGAAGAGAGAUAUUUUAUUCUUUUGCUUAAAUUCACAGAGGAAGAAUUCACAGUCUCCUCAUUUCUUAACUCUCCAGUCCCAGACAACAAACGUAAGAUGGCGAGACGGAAAAACAGGCCUGAGGUAGAUAGGAGGAGAUAGAAAAUAAAAAAGAAAGUUACGUAUUUUAAAGUCAAACUGAAGAGCAGGGAAGGAGUGAGACCUCUGAGGACAUAAAGUAAUGUUAAAGCAGACUCAGUGCUAUAAUAUCAGUAGUUUUUGGCUCAGAGAUCCCUGUGUGGGCUCACGAACAGUUAAUCUCUCCUGACAGGAUCUUCAUUUGAAUAAAGAUUCUGUCAGCGGCGUGUGCUGCUGGUUCGCUUAAGAGGAGGACCUACAGGAGCUCAAAUUGCUUUGACAUAUCACAGCUGAUGGGAGGAAGACGCCGUCCUACCUGAGACACCUCAGCGUUAACUUCAAAAUCUGCAGGAAUGUCAGGAAGAAGUGGCCAAAUCUGUUUCCGAGAUAUUAGAGAGGCUUAGAUGCUGCACGUCAGAAAAAUGCCAUGUGUCCUUUUGAUUUUUACAUUCGAGCUGCUCUUCAGUCAGCUGAUGUUUGUCAGAUGCACGGGGCAGAUAUUACAUAAAACUUUACGGGCAGUUAGGUGGUGGGAGAAAAGAUGUGAAAUCGUGUUGUCAGUAGAGAGACAGUCUUAGCUUCGAAACUUAAAUCUCUGCAUGUUGAUUUUACUUUUCUUUAAUCUCAGAAUGAAAAUGAUCUGUUACUUUAAUGGUUUAUUUAGGGGACGAUGCUCCCUUUGCAAAUAUUGGGGGACACGUCGAUCGAGCCCUCUCUGAGAUCAUUGCCAUUGGCAUGGAUGCCAUAGUUAGGAAAAAGGGGGACUGACCACUUUGAGUUUCAGUCCUUGAAGGAUCUGGAACAAAUACUGUUAUAAAUUAAGUUUUACUGGCAAAGAAAUCAGUACAAUUUAUUAAUCUUAAUGCACGAAGUUUGGAGUCUCCCUCUGUUCCUUCGUGUCCCUAUCAAAUGUGUAAAAAACUGAGGCCUGUCUAGCCAGAUUAUUCAUCUGACCACAGUGUAACGAACCAAGUGACUGAUGUUUGAGAAUCCUAGCAUCAAAACCAUAGACCGCAUUAAAAAUGGAUAUAGUCUCAGUGACAGCAGGCAUUGGUUUCAUUUUCUGAAGAAGAGUUUCGAAGUAGGAAGAUGAUGGCUGCCAUAGUGGAAAUACUGACCAACCUUAAAGCUUCUGCUAGGCGCCUCCUGUGGACACAGAAGACUUUACAGGUCUUCUGUGACUUAGUAUAAAACCCACUCUUUUCGUGAGACCGGCGCCUUUCAGAAGAUGAUCGUUGAGUGUUUCUGCACCAUCCAGGAGCAUUUUCAUCCAACAAAGACGUUCUAUUCAGAGACUGUCCACAUCCAACGCCCCUAAAACAUAGGUAAUCUGUGAUGAUUAAUGUAGUUAAGAUAAUGAAUCAGGGUUAUUUGAUUUGUUAGCUGACGAUCCACAAAAGAGGCUGUCAUCUUUGUUUUGGCUUGACGACCAAUCAAAGGCUGCAUAUGCAGUGAGUUGACCUGAGGCCAGUGCAACCUGAGACAGAGUGCCUUCUCAUGGUAUAGAGAUAUAAAAGAUAGAACUCUUUUGAAUGGAUUCAUCCCAUUCAGUCAAACUGUGCUCUUUUUGUCUAUAAUACUUCUGUUGUAUUAGCUGCUGUUUAAAGACAAGUGGAAACAAACAGAUCGCACCACAGCAAUUAUGAUACUCAGAAACACCCCACAGACCAAAGUCCCUUGUUGUCCCAGGCUGUAAACAUGUUUACAUGGACACUAUAGAAUCAGUUUUAAGUUAAAUCAGACACAAACAUACUGUAUAUCUGAACCUGGUGUGUGUAGCCCCUUAAAAGCAGACGAUGCUGAAGUUGAUUUACUCUGAGGUCAGAAAUCCCCUGCCUCUCUUUGCUCUUCCUCUCUCCCUCUCCUUCCUCCUCUUCCCCUCAAACAUUUCUCAUCUCCUCUCCUAGAUGGAAUUCACAAAGUGAUUUUCUCCUCGUUCCUCUAAAUCUCUUGAUCACUUUAAUUUUUUGCUAGGCUGCUUCAUCGGUGUCCUGGGAAACAGAACGGAGGAGGAAGGGGGCAGGAGGAGAGGGGGAAAAGCUGAUGGGCGAGAGACUGCAAACAAGGCUGGGUGAGCGUGGAGAGAGAGGAAGAGAGGGAGAGGAGUAUGGAGUUAAGGCUUUAUCAGUGAGUGCCCUGAGGUAUGUGGGGACGCUGCUGAAUCCAGAGAGAUUAGGGGAAAAAUGCAGCACAUGGCAGUAAGGGGCUUACGCCACAGCUUGUAUUAGUUCAGGUGAAAAGAGUAUUGCUUUUACAUAAAACUGGACAAAUCCAGCCACAAUGCAUUUCCCGUUGGACCACAAUGGGGUCCUCUAUCUGUGGACCUCACCUCCUGUCCCCCCGGGUUCCCCAAAGCUCCUCUAUCUAAACAGGAGGAGAGACGGAGGAAGGAGGAGAAAACACAGCCGGGCAGGAGCAGGAGGAGGAGAUAUGGCGCCGGACCAAACUUCAUUUUCAGAGUUUACACGUUGUCACGAGGUGGCAAAGGCGUAA